AUGGAGAACAAGAACAACAAAAAGAAAGUUGGAGGAGCUGGUUCUUCCUCAUCUCCUACCAAUUUUGAUCAUCUUUUUGGUCCCAAAGAUCCUUCCACUACUUCAUCUUCUUCCACCAGCUUCUUUAGCUCCAUUUUCCCACCUCCAUCCACUGUUGGGAGAAGAGAUUCAACAAGGCACGAAAUGGGAAGCAAUAACUAUGGACAGGUUCGAAAUUACUCAAACAAAGGUGAAAAUAGUGGUGGCAUCUCUAACAAGAAUAGUAGUCGUGAUACCAAUUAUCAAACUGAGACAGUGGAGCCUAGUUACUACAGCUCAUCAAUCUAUUAUGGUGGUCAGGAAAAUUAUAAUUCUCCAAGAACCUGCAGGACCACUCAACCUCCCCAUAUUAUCAAGAAGAAUAAGGAUGAUGAUGAUGAUGAUUCGAAUGGUAGCGAUUCAGGCAGUGCUUCAAGAGGAAACUGGUGGAAAGGUUCUCUAUAUUAUUAA